CACUGAGCAAAGCACUCGACACCACUUCACCUGUGGUCACUUCAAACUGUGAGCACUGCGGUCGCCAGAGUCCUUUCGCACAGCCCAGACACUCACUUCUGUCACCCUCCGAUCAUUCCACCCUGUGAGCUGCUAGGCUCUCCUGGGAGUCCCCGCUCCGAAAUAUCGCCAAUUAUUAUUCCGCACCGCCAUAUUAUUCUCAGGUAAUAAGUCCGAUACUGGCAUUUCGGUUAAAGUGUUUCAAUAAACGGCUUGGGACGCUGGUCGAUAUUCUUCUCGCAUUUCACGUUACGCCAAAUACCUCAUCCAUUCAAUCUACCAACUAAUUCAUCUCGUCACAAUAAUGGCCGGCCAGUCGAAGCCCGCACUUUCCCCUUGGGGAAGUGCCGUCGCGGGUGCUACAGGUGCAGUUCUAGCAAACGCUUUGGUCUACCCUCUUGAUCUUGUCAAGACGAAACUUCAAGUACAAGUCAAGACAAGCGACUCGAAAGACGAGAAUUCCGAAACAGUACACUAUAAAUCGACAUUAGAUGCGAUCACCAAGAUUGUCGAGAAGGAAGGAAUCGAAGGCCUAUACUCCGGAAUCGCCGGCUCUCUCAUCGGUGUGGCGUCCACCAACUUCGCCUACUUCUACUGGUACACCGUUGUGAGGGCCUUCUACAUGGCAUCCAACAAGGUUCCUAAACCCCCUGGAACUGCCAUUGAGCUUUCCCUCGGUGCCGUGGCGGGCGCGGUCGCCCAGAUCUUCACUAUCCCCGUUGCCGUUAUCACCACACGGCAACAGACACAAGACAAGAGCGAGCGGAAGGGCCUCAUUGAAACUGGAAAGGAGAUCGUCGAUAGUGAAGAUGGUUGGACCGGUCUAUGGAGAGGACUCAAAGCUAGUUUGAUCCUGGUGGUCAACCCGGCAAUCACAUACGGCGCCUAUCAGCGCCUCAAAGAUAUCAUCUUCCCAGGAAAGAACAAUCUGAAGCCUUGGGAAGCUUUCCUCCUCGGCGCUCUCUCCAAGGCGCUAGCUACUAUUGCGACGCAACCAUUGAUUGUGGCCAAGGUCGGCCUUCAGUCUCGCCCGCCUCCGGGUCGCGAAGGAAAGCCUUUCAAAACAUUCGGCGAGGUCAUGCGAUAUAUUGUGCAGAAUGAGGGUCUCCUGUCCCUCUUCAAGGGAAUUGGACCCCAGAUCAUGAAGGGACUCCUUGUACAAGGCUUUUUGAUGAUGACUAAGGAGAGGGUUGAACUUAUUUUCGUUCUUCUUUUCGCAUACCUGCGGAAGAUCAGAGAGCAGAAGCUCAAGAAGCUGGCGGACUCCGCUGCAUCGACAGCAAAGACCAGUCUUCCCGCGACCCUCAAAUAGAAGUUUGAUUGAUUGAUUUAUGGCACGGUAACUACCAUUCUCUUUUUGUACGAAUUUGUUUCUUCUCACUGCGGCGCACUGGUUGUGGGAUUUCGUCUGUCUUGUCAGUUUCUGGUAUGACCGAAGAUACUACUGCAGUUGUCUAUAGAUAAUAACAGCUCAAUAUCUAGAACAUAC